CACUUUUCAGUUUACUUUCUGUAAUAUUUUGAGACUGUAAUCAUUCCAAAAUUUUCGUUAUGUUUUAGGGAAAACUUGUAGCCUUUUUAUAGAUUUUUAUUAAUUAUUUUCUUAACCUUUUACAAGUCUUAUUAAAACGUGAGACCUCAUAGAAUGCGAAGACAACAAGAAUCACACAUUCGAAAUGCGGACCAGCUUUCACUUCAAGCGGCCAAGCAAAUGGCAAACACUAAGAACUUUGCUUUUCGCAGGGGCGAACUAUAUGCCACUGUCAAGCCGCCAGUAUCUAAAUGUUAUCCAGAGAUCACAACAGAAUAUUUAAUGGAUGCAAUUCAACAUUACGGCUACAGACACGUAAUCAAUAGAUUGGAUACAAAUCAAGUAGAAAGAAAGGAGAAGAAAUCAACCGAUUCGGGCAAGUCUAGUGUGAAGUCUAAGCCAUUUCCGGAUAAAAAGAAUACGCCCAGGGAAGUCAAACGGAUGCUCAAUAGGAAGGCAGCCAAUUUUCAGCAAUGGGAAACAUCUCCCAGUGUAUCAAUGACUCCUGUAUUGAAAAGUGAUUCUCAGCUCUCUAUUACCAAUGGCGCUACGAGCCAGAGGUCUGGACGACCAUUUCACAUGGAUCAUGAUGAUAUUGUGGAGGUCUGGAGACGUAUCCCCAACAAGGAUACUUUGGGGUACUAUGGCGUAGGAGCGGGCAAAAAUAAGCCAGAGGCGGUCGUUUUUAACCAGGUCAUUGAGAAAUGUCUCAAUAAAGUAAAACCACCAGAAGUCAAGGGAAAACCAUUGAAGACUCCAGCUGUUGCAACUAUGCCUUCUACGCCAGGGCAUCAACCCUAUGUACUUAAUCGAACCCAAUUAAAGGCCAAAGUUGAUAACAUGGCCUCGCUUAAUUUAACCAAAGCAAUCAGUUGGCUUCAUUGUCCCCGUUCGCUUGCAAAUGUUCAGCCCUUUUUCCAAAGCGAGACUCUGAUUGGUAAGAAAAAGACCGGUGCGGAGAAACGUUCCCCGAAAUCGACCCCUUUAAGGCGCCGACAAAAACAGCCAAAAGGCGAGCUGAUCAACUAUGAAUGCAUGGAACCGAAAAAAGAAUCUGCGUAUGAGCUCGCCUACCGGAAGGAGAUGGAAAAAUUGGAGAAGGAAAUUGAAUCGGAGCCAAAGGAUUAUGAUGAACUCUUCUCGAAGCUGAUCACUUGCUUUCAACGAAAUGCCCACAAAGAUUCUCUUUAUGAAGCGUACAAGAGCUGCAAGGGAUCCUCUCAGCAUGGUUUCAUGCCUGAUUUAAGUGGUGCCACUGAGAUUGGCGGUGCAGGCGACAUUGCUUCUGGUGGUGCUAACACCGGCUUAAGCACAGAAGGAAGCGUGCUGAGAAGAGUUUUGGAUGAAGUCAGCGAACGCGAUGCAGCACGAAGAAGCCUACUUAAGGAUGGGUCUACAGAAAAAACCGGCAGUUCGAAUAGUGGACCUAAACGUGCAUCUAAGGGUGCAUCUCAGGGUGCAUCUCAGGGUGCAGGAGAUGGUCGUGGUAGUCGCGGUGGUCCUAGUGGUAGUCGCGGUGGUCCUAGUGGCAGUCGUGGUAGUGGUAAGUCUAAGACAAAGGCCAAAACGGACGCAAUGAGAGCUUCUACAAAAAACAAGAUGCCAACGUCUGAACAAAAACCCUUCGAUGUGAAGUUUCGCAAUAAACAACAUAGUUUCAUAAUGUCUAGUUCUUCGACUCACCGAUCGAUGCUCUCCACCGAUUACUUUGGCGACAACUCCAAAAAUUUUCCACCGGACAAAUCCGAUACAUAUCAGGCGAAAAAACGAAAACCAUAUAAGAAGAAUAUGAAAGCGCAGAGAAAGUGGAGCUCUAAUGUAUCACGAUACAAUAACACACGCGGCAAGGACUGCCAGUGUGUAGUUUGCAAUUUUAUGGAGCGCCGCGACCGAGAGCCGGACUCACCGCUGAUCAAUCAACUGAAAGAGGAGGAGAAGCGACGCAAACUCCGGGAAUACUACAACAGUAUGCGCCAUAGAGAGCAAAUUGCCUGCGCUCCGAAGGAAUAUCGUGCACCACAGCGCAAAUGCGAACCCAUCAAAGAGGAAAGUUGCUUCUGCACAAGCCGCAAGUGGGGCGAAUAUCUUGAUCGACUGGAUGCAUUACAAGAUCUACAAAAAUCGUACGGUCAUAUGGAUAGAGCGCUUCAAUUCAAAGUCAAAGCACUCAAGGAUCGUCUAUGCUGGCAAAUAUGUGAAGGUCUGCAAAACCAAAGAAAGAUGAGGGCUAAUCGGCAUUGAGGCAUUUCUUAGGAAAUUUUUUUUAUACUUUUAUAUUAUUUUUGUUUUAAUUAAAUUAAUUGUUAUUUAUAAAAACAGA